CAACUUUCACUACUAAGCCAAGACAAGAAACUAGAUCAAUUGAGGAGUUCCAAAAAAAAUGGGUACAAACCUAGGUUUCUUCAAAGCCCUCUUCUUGUUCUUCUAUAGAUUUGUGUUUAGACAAUCUUGGAACCUAAAAGGUAUCCAUAGAAGCAUAAGCAACAUCCAAUCAAGAUACCACAAAUACCCUUCUCUACUUCAUAGGUUUGAGGUUGAUGAGCUAUCAAAUAAGACCUUGAUUUUUGAUGUGGAAGGGGCAUUAUUGAAAUCCCCAUCUUUGUUUCCUUACUUCAUGCUUGUAGCCUUUGAAGCAGGGAGUGUGUUGAGGGCAAUUCUGUUAUUUGCUUUGUAUCCACUAAUUUCUUUGGUUGGUGAAGAGAUGGGGUUGAAGAUUAUGGUGAUGGUUUGCUUCUUUGGGAUCAAGAAAAAGAGUUUUAGAGUUGGAAGUGCUGUGUUGCCCAAGUUUUUCUUGGAGGAUGUUGGUUUGGAGGUUUUUGAAGUGUUGAGGAAAGGUGGGAGGAAAGUGGGUGUUAGUGAUCUUCCUCAAGUAAUGAUUGAGGGUUUCUUGAGAGAUUACUUGGAGGUUGAUUUGGUUUUGGGGAGGAAACUCAAGGUGGUUUCUGGGUAUUUUGUGGGGAUCAUGGAGGAUAAUAAAAAGGCAGAAAAUAUUCAUGUUUUGGGGGAGAUGCUUAAUGGAGAAGAUGCAAAUAGUGAUUUUAGUGAUGCUAUUGGUAUCACUAGCUUCAACAAAUCUGAUCAUCAUCAACUCUUCUCAUAUUGCAAGGAGAUUUACUUGGUGAGAAGAGCAGACAAGAGAAGCUGGCAAUACCUACCCAGAGAAAACUACCCAAAACCACUGAUAUUCCAUGAUGGAAGACUUGCUCUCAGACCAACACCCUUAGCCACCCUGACCUUAUUCAUGUGGAUCCCACUGGGUUUCAUUCUUGCUAUCAUCAGGGCCGUUAUUGCUUUAUCUCUUCCUCACACAGUGUCCAUCCCCAUGUUAGUAUUCAGUGGACUUCACAUCACAAUAACAGAACCCAAUAAUAACUCAAACAAGCCAGAUCAUCAUAACAAUGCCAAGGGGGUCCUUUAUGUUUGUAACCACAGAACACUAUUGGACCCACUAUAUCUCUCAUUCUCCUUGAAGAAAAAUUUAACUGCGGUAACUUACAGCCUGAGCAGAGUAUCAGAGAUCUUGUCGCCAAUCAAGACCGUCCGAUUAACGAGGGACCGGGGUCAGGAUGGGAUGAUGAUGAAGAAGUUAUUGAAUCAAGGGGACCUAGUGAUAUGCCCUGAAGGAACCACAUGUAGAGAACCAUAUCUCUUGAGGUUCAGUCCAUUGUUCUCGGAGAUGAGUGAAGAUAUAACUGCAGUUGCCAUGAAUUCACACGUGAGCAUGUUUUAUGGAACAACGGCUGGGGGGCUAAAGUGCCUGGACCCUCUUUUCUUCCUCAUGAACCCUCUCCCAUCUUACACCGUUCAGUUGCUUGACAAGUUAUCUGGGUCGUCCACUUGCGAUGAUGGUCAACGAACACGGUUUGAUGCGGCCAAUCAUGUGCAAAAUCAACUUGGGAAGGCUUUGGGUUUUGAGUGCACCAAGCUUACGAGAAGAGACAAGUACCUGAUUUUGGCCGGUAACGAAGGGCAUGUAAACAAUUGCAGAAGCUAAAAUUCGUACUAUCCAUGCAUGCAUUGAGAUUUGCAAUACCGGUUACACUUUGUGUCCCAUGCACACACAUAAAUGCUUUGGUGUGAUGGACCAUAUAUAUAUAUACGUGUGUGUGUAUGAAUAAUAUGUAAACAUUUAUUUAACUUUAAUUUUUUUAUGUGAAAGCUAGUCAGUUAGUCCACACAUUUUUUUGGUUGACCGUUGAAAAGUCAUAAGAGAACCUUGAGUGGAACUCUCGUAAUAUUUUGGAAUUCUAUGUGACAUUAUGUAAGUUGUAAUGACGCAUAUAUGUAAUUAAUUAGUGACAAUUUGUAA